CUCAUCACCACACACCACCCCAACCAUGGCUAAAAGAGGAGGAAAACAGGGCGAGGACCGCCGCAAGAAACAGAGACAAGACGCGGACGCAUUAUUAUCCACCGGGGUCUUUGGAAACAGUGAGAAGGAAAAGUACGUCAACUCUGAAGACGAGGAGCAGGACUACGAGUUGAAACCCAGACGGAUGCAGAACCUCGAGGAGACAGUGGAGGGGUUGCCGACCAAGGGGGCAGACGGGAAGGUCACCCGGGUGAUGCGCGCCAAGGUAGUCAGAAAGGAGCAGCCUAAGGCCGAGGAAAAGCCAGUCGAGGCGGUUGAAGAGGCUGCGAUGCCCGAGGUGGUGUCGGAGUCCGAAGAGGAAGAGGAAGAUGACCUUACACCGCAGGAGAGAUUGGUCAAAUUGAAGGAAGAAAUCGCUCAUUUGGUUUCCGGGUUGAUUGAGGAGCCUGAAGAGAACAUCAGAAACCUCAACCGGUUGCGCAAAAUGGCAGAAUCCAAAAACCCGCUUACCCAGCGCCUCUCGCUUCUUUCAAUGGUGCCUGCAUUCAAGGCGAUCGCACCGUCGUACCGGAUCCGUGCGCUCACCGACGCGGAGAAGCGCGAGAAGGUGGGGCGUGACGUGGCGCGUGCGCGCCAUUUCGAGGAGCAUUUAGUGGCAAACUACAAGAACUACAUCGAUUUGUUGACCAGACUCGCAAAGGUCAGCGUUCACACCCCAAAUGCCACCGAACACGAGAUUAUUUCGGGGAGGAUUGCCACCAGCGCCGCCUGUGAAUUGGCCUCUGCCUUGCGUUUCUUCAACUUCCGCGCGGAGUUGCUUGUGAUCAUUAUCCGUCGGUUGAACAAGAGACCGGCAGACGGCGCCGAUUUAAAGGUGUUCCUCAAGUGCAUUACAACCUUGGAGGAGCUUUUGACGGGGGAUGCCGAUUCCGGUGACGUCUCCUUUGACGUGGUGCGCAUCUUGCAGAAGGCGCUCAGGGACAAGAAGUUUAGGGUUGACGAAUCGGUGGUGAAUCUCUUUUUAUCACUAAACAUCUUGACCGACUACGAUCCGUUUGUGCAAGACGACAAGCCGAACCGUAAGGUUAACAAGAAAGACAGGGUCCAUCUUUCCAAGACGCAGAGAAAGGCCAGAAAGGAAAACAUCGCCAUCGAGGAAGAGAUGCGCCAGGCGGAGCACGCGGUUUCGGCAGUGGAACGCGAAAAGUUCCAGGCACAAAUUUUGAAGAUGCUCUUGACGACUUACUUGGAGAUUUUGCGCUCUAAGCCCCAGGAGUUGAUGGCGGCGGUGUUGGAAGGGUUGGCUAAGCAUGCGCACAUGACCAACUUUGAGUUAUUAGGCGAUUUUAUGGAGGUUUUGCGUGAGAUUGUGCGAGAUUUGCUUGUCGAAGAGGAACUUACCAGCGGGGAAAUCCGCCAGGUCUUGCUUGCCAUUGUGACUGCCUUUUCCCUCCUCGGUUCCAACCUCCAGUACAAGCAGUUAAAGGUGUCGAUUGACUUGUCCGCCUUUAUCAACGCUUUGUACACCAUCACUCCCCAGAUCGCGAUGGACGCCGAUUUGGAGUUUUCGCACAAGUCGUUGAGACUCGCGGAUCCGCUUGCGCUUGCCAAUGAGCCGUUCAAGCCGGCGGUGAACGUGUCCACCAAGGUGGAGUUGUGGUUGAAGGCCAUGAAUCACAUCUUUUUCUUGUCCCGAAACGGUACGGCGCCUAGAGCCGCGGCCUUUACUAAGAAAAUUUACAUGGCCUUGCUCCAGACGCCCGAGAAGUCAUCUAUUGCCUUGUUAAAGUUCAUCGACAAGUUGAUGACCCGCCACAGCACCAUUGCCAGUUUGUACUCCACCGAGGACAGAGUGUCGACCGUGCAGAGCUUUAGCUUGCAGGGCACCGAUUUGAUGAGGGCCAACGGAGAAAUGGCCAUGUUGUGGGAGAACAACUUGCUUGAGAAGCACUAUUCCACUGUGGUUGUCAAGGGCUUGAAGAACAUGCAGUCCAAGGCCAAGGAGGAGAACAAGCAGUAGUGUAUAUUAUGAAUUUUUUGAUUUGAAUGGUAGAACAUGCAAGAGAGUUGACUUUGGGGCCGUACGCUUGGGCAGUUUAGGGUAAACUCCUAGAGUAGAACAUGCGUCCUAUGGCUAAUAUAAGACACCGGGGAACUUUGGUUGCCAGAAUUGCCCGGUGUAUGAGCGUGGUAUUCCAGAACAUUUCCAAAGACUCGAUUUGCAAACAGUAGGAGGUAAUAUUAAUGGCUAGGCG